CUUUUAUUACUUGGUUUGCGUCUAAUUGAAAACUUCACGUCUUUGCCCAUUUCAGGUUCUUACAAAAUCGGUACUGCGUCUGAAUCUGUUAAUGCAGCUUACAUAUUUUCUAGAAAAGAUCUUUCUCGGCCUGCUAUACAGAUUCCCUGCGCAAGCAAAGCUGUUGUAGCUGUCCGGUUCUGUCCUAUAUUUUUUAAUCUCAAAGCGACAAACUCAGGUUAAAUGGCUAGUGAUCAAGAAAACUCACAAGAUGCAAAUGCUCCUGAUGAUACUUCAGAAAAAGAAAUUACACGAGGCAUCACUAUUAUGAAGAGUAUCAUUCGUGAUAGAGAUAAAGCAGUAACAUAUAAUGUAAAUUGGAAUGCUGAUAACCAACUAAUUGGGUCUAAUGCUGCAAAGUUGGCAAGCUACAUUGGUACACUUGUUCAUAUGCACAUUCCAAUCACUGCUACAAGAUGGAGUAAUAAAGAGUUGGGUAGCGCUAAAGAUAAGAUUUGGACUGAGAUACUGAGGUCUUUUAACAUUGAAGAUACAACUAUCCGAAAAAAGUAUAUACUUCAAUUGGCCGGAAAAAGACACAGAGGGUGGAGAACGUUUUUAACAAACAAGUAUCUUAAGGACAAAGAAAUUUUUUUUGUUGAAUAUGAUCCGGAAUAUCCAGUGAAGUAUGCGAUCUUCAUUACAGAAGAAGAAUGGGUUGCUUUUGUAGCCCAAAGAAGAGACGAAAAUUUCAAGAAAGUGAGUGCCACAAAUCGCGAGAGAUCGUCAAAUCCCACGUAUGCAUACAAAAAAGGGCGUUUGGGAUAUGCACGCUUAGAGGAAAAAAUUUUAGACGAGACGAAAAGUGACGCAACAUCACUUCCGCCACAUGUUUUGUGGAAAGAAGCUCGUGUGGGAAAGGAUGGAACUGUUAGGGAUGACGUUCAACAUAUUUAUGAUGAAUGUGAGACCCUAUCUCAAUCGAUAAGCACAGCUGAGGACCAGGAGAACAGGAGCGUACUUAGUAGAGCACUAAAUGUUCCUGAGUAUCCCGGUCGGGUGAGGGGUAAAGGGCAUGGUUGUACUCCAACUUCCUUGUAUAAGAAUCCAAGGAGAAAAAAUCCUAGCAAUCAAGAAGUGAUGGAGACGUUGCAGGCAUUACAAGCGCAAGUUCUUCAAUUGCAAAAGGAUAAUGAGAGAUAUAGGUGUAUGGAAAAGUGCAGUUCACAGUUGAAAGAAACUAGUGAGAAAGCCAGUAUCAAUUGUCAAAAUAAAUUUCCCGAGGUAUUUGCCUAA